ACCUGAUCUUGUGACACUUUGCUAUUUAAUUUUUUUAAAACUGAAUAUUCCAUGUUUCGUUGGUUUUUAUAACAUAUAUUAGAUUUCUUCAGCCUCAUCUUUUUAAAAGUUGAGCACGAUGCAAAGCCUACUGGAGCCUUUUUGCUGUCAGUGUAUCCGUAUGCGGUUAAAUGGUGCCUGAUUCGCAGGAAUCUCCUCUGCACAACAGAAAAGCCUGUGACUGGGUAGGCAAGCCAGACCAGCUCUGAGCGCAGAGACGCACGGCGCCUCAUCCAACCAGCGCCAGUCCCACUAAAUCGGGCUAACACUACACAUUUUUAAACCAUUAAAGUGACUGCAAGUGGACGUUUCGGAUCUUUUUUUCUUCUUCUUCUCGAUCCUUUCUUUUCAUUCAGCCGCGGAAAUCUUCUUUCGAAGUCGGACAAAUCUGAUCCCAGAUGAAUUCCGUGAAGUUAGCGGCAUUUGGAAGUGAGGAGCUGGGUAGUGGGAGUGGAGAAAAUCCAAGUGGCGUUGAGUGGAUUAGGGCUACUUGUCGGAUAACCCGUAAGGAUGUCUCCGACUGAUUCGAACUUCGAUUCAAACACAAACUCAGUGUCCGAGGAGCAGUUGUGAACAUUACUGUCUGUAUUACCGCGGAGCUCAGGAACUCUCCCUCCACCCCGAUCCCCCCUCUGUCUUUGGCUCUGCUGUAGAACUUCCAAAAUUAGAUGAAAUAGACAAGAACACGCAUUCUCACUGGAUUAACACCGUUUCCAGCUGCUCUUAGAGAUGCCUGCUUAUCUCACAGGAGUUUACCUUCUGCUGGUAUUUCUAAACAUUUCUUCAGGGUCUCGUCUUCGCCAGGAAGACUUCCCUCCCCGCAUCGUGGAACACCCUUCUGACCUCAUUGUGUCCAAAGGGGAGCCAGCCACUCUCAACUGUAAGGCAGAGGGCCGUCCACCGCCUACAGUGGAAUGGUACAAAGAUGGGGAGCGUGUUGAGACGGACAGGGAAAAUCCCCGUUCCCACCGUAUGCUGCUUCCCAGUGGGUCCCUCUUCUUCCUGCGUAUCGUCCAUGGACGUCGGAGCAAGCCAGAUGAUGGCAGCUACGUGUGUGUGGCCCGAAACUAUCUGGGCCAGGCGAUCAGUCACAAUGCUUCUCUGGAAGUAGCCAUCUUACGUGACGAAUUUAGGCAGAAUCCCGUUGACGUUAUGGUCGCAGUGGGUGAACCUGCGGUCCUGGAGUGCCAGCCACCCCGUGGACACCCCGAGCCCACAAUCUCCUGGAGGAAAGAUGGCUCCAACUUAGAUGACAGAGAUGAACGCAUAACAAUUCGGAGUGGCAAACUAAUGAUCACCAACACUAGGAAGAGUGAUGCAGGGAAAUACAUCUGCGUUGGAACCAACAUGGUGGGAGAGAGGGAGAGUGAGAUUGCCGAACUCACGGUGCUUGAGCGUCCGACCUUUGUGAAACGACCCAGCAGUGUAGUGGUGCUGGCAGAAGAGAGUGUGGAGUUCAGCUGUGUUGUCCAAGGAGACCCUGUUCCCACUGUCCGCUGGAGGAGAGAUGAUUCUGACCUGCCUAAGGGCAGCAGAUUUGAAAUCCUAGAGGACCAUACCUUGAUUGUUCGCCAAGUGACCUCUGCAGACGAAGGCUCUUAUACAUGUGUGGUGGAGAACAUGGUUGGGAAGUCUGAAGCGUCUGCCACGCUCACUGUACAUGUCAAUACUGUGCCCCCGGCUUUUGCCAUUCGCCCCAGGAACCAGGUGGUGGCAGUGGGCAGGACGGUCACCUUCCAAUGUGAGGCUACUGGCAACCCACAGCCUGCUAUUUUCUGGCAGAGGGAGGGCAGUGAGAGUCUUCUCUUCUCCUACCAGCCACCGCAGCCCUUUAGCCGGCUGUCCGUCUCCCAGAUGGGCAGUUUGACCAUUACCAAUGUUCAACGUACUGAUGGCGGCUUUUAUAGCUGCCAGGCUCUUAACAUCGCUGGCAGCGUUAUUACCAAAGCGCUGCUGGAGGUUACAGACUCUGGGUCAGACCACCCUCCUCCUGUCAUUAGACAGGGUCCAGUCAAUCAGACUGUUUCUGUAGACAGCACAGUAACCCUGGGUUGCCAAAGUGUUGGCACUCCAACGCCUGCCGUUCACUGGAAGAAAGAUGGUGUGGUGGUGUCUCCUGUGGACUCGCGUAUGUCGCUAACAGAAACAGGAUUGCUGAAGAUUCACUAUGCUAAGCUGGGAGAUACAGGUUUCUAUACCUGCAUUGCUUCUAAUUCCAAUGGAGAGGCUUCCCGGACAGCGUACUUGCAAGUUGAAGAGUUUGGAGUUGUUGUCCAGUCUGGUCAUCCCACAGACCCUAGCUUGAUUCCCAGUGCUCCAUCUAAACCUGAGGUGACUGACAUCAGCCGUACCUCUGUCACUCUAUCAUGGAAAUCUGGCCCCAGUGGCGUUGCACCACCCACCUCUUACCUGAUUGAGGCAUUCAGUUACACAUUAGGCAGCAGAUGGGUGACCCUGGCAGAGCAUGUGAAGGCGCAGACCUUUGUCCUGAGAAACCUGAAGCCUGGAACUGUAUACCUCUUUCUGGUCAGAGCAGUGAAUUCUUAUGGCCUGAGUGACCCCAGUCCAAUCUCUGACUCCAUCAGAACACAGGACAGCACUGCCACUAUGCAGGGAGUGGAUCAUCGUCACAUCCAGAGAGAACUGGCAGAUGUUGUUAUCCACCUGCGCACGCCAACUGUCCUUUCGUCUUCCGCUGUCAGAGUGCAGUGGACGGUUGAGCAGCAGUCCCCGUACAUCCAGGGUUACAAGGUUCUCUACAGGGCGUCUGCUGAGCAUGGCCAACCAGACGGGCAGUGGAUUGUCCAGGAGUUACGUGCUCCACUUGAGGACGGGGUGGUGAUCAGUCAGCUCAAGAAGGGAUCCAUCUACGAGUUCAAAGUGCGUCCCUUCUUUGACGAGUUCCAGGGAACUGAAAGUGAGGUGAAGGUGGUCAGGACACUGGAAGAAGCCCCGAGUAGAGCACCCCAGGGAGUCACGGUCACAACGACUGAGGCCAAUGGCACUGCCAUCCUCGUUUCCUGGAAACCUCCUCCAAAUGCAGAAGAGGCUGGACUCAUUCAGGAAUACAAGAUCUGGUGCCUGGGUAAUGAGAGUCGCUACCAUGUAAACCAGUCAGUGGAUGGCUCCACCUUCUCCGUGCUCAUUUCCAGUCUGGCACCGGGGAUUCGCUACAGUGUGGUGGUUGCAGCUAGCAAUGGUGCUGGACCUGGAGUACAGAGUGACGUUGCUUUCUUCCAGUUAGACUCUGCAGGCCAGAUGAUGGAUAUCAGCGAGGAAAGAGACACAUUGUCUCAGAUCUCAGAUGUGGUGAAGCAGCCCGCAUUUAUCGCUGGCAUUGGCGCCACCUGCUGGUUGGUUCUUAUGAUUUUCAGCGUGUGGCUGUACCGUCACCGCAAGAAAAGAAGCGGCCUCAGCAGCACAUACACUGGCAUCCGCAAGGUUCCAUCAUUCACCUUUACACCUACAGUUGCAUAUCAAAGAGGAGAAUCAGUAUGCAGUGCUGGCAGACCUGGCCUUCUCAGCAUGGGUGAACCCCUAAACCAGCUGUGGCUGCCAGACAGUUGGCCAAAUGCAUGUGCCAAUCAUAAGGACUGUAGCAUCAACUGCUGCAAUAAUGGCAAUGGCACUAGUGACAGUAACAUGACAACAUACAGCCGACCAGCCGACUGCAUAGCCAACUAUGGAAACCACCCAGAAAACAAACAGGAGGGACAGCUUGGGUCUGAGACAGCCAUAUACAGUGAUGUGAAUCUCUCCAACAAACUCAAUGAGAUUAAAACAUUCAACAACUCCAACUUGUGCUAUGCAAGUCCAGGAGGGGAUUCAACAGCCACAUAUGAGCCUAUUCCAUAUGCCACCACACAGCUCAUUCAGGCCAGCAUUAAGAAUAAGGCAGCCUCUGGCGGCUCAAUAGCAGAGCCUCUGGAUAUACCCUGCUGGAAGCAGCCCCCCAAUUUGCCUCCAAUACCAAAGGAGAUGGCAGCACAGAUGCAAUACAACUUGACUGAACAAAAAAGUAAUGAUCAUUUGCAAGGAGGAGAAGGAAUGAUUCAUCCUAAAGCUAUCCCCUACAACCAGACCCGAGAUCACAGCACAGGUGGCUCACACCACAGUUCAGACAGAGGCAGCAACAGCACCUCAGGGAGUCAAAAUCAAAAGAAGGGAAUACGGGUCCCAAAGAUCCCAAAACAUAAUGCAGUAACCUGGGGAGAAGCCCUAUCUCCUCCUCAUGCUAAUGCCUGGGACUGUGAUGAAUAUAGCCUUCCCAUGGAAAGAAGUUUUAAUCCAGAAGAGAGAACUGAAGGCUGUCCAACUCCACCAGUUAGAGGGCCAGUCUCAUCCUCUACUGAAGUAUCUUAUAAUCACCCACCUAUCACAGCAUCACAGGGAGACCUGACUAAUGGCCUACACAAUCCAGCAGAACAUCUCAGUCAACACGUCACAAGCAACCCUCGCCCUCUUUCCCCAACACAUACCUACAGCUCAAUUCCCCUCUGCAUGGAUACUGAUGGACAGGAAGAGAAUGAUGAGGAUUUGGAGGAGGAAACAGAUGCAGAGCUCACUGAAAGUCAUUACAGCCACGACCAGAACCACGAGAAGCACAAACACCAGCUGCACCACCAGUCCCCACACAAGCAGCUGCUGCACGGACUGGACCAGACCCCAGCCUCCAGCACUGGAGAUCUGGACAGAUCAGUCACAGGGUCUAUGGUUAACAGCUGGGGCUCAGCAUCUGAGGACAACAUCUCAUCAGGCAGGUCCAGUGUGGUCAGCACUUCAGAAGGAUCCUUCUUUACAGAUGGAGAUUUCAACCAGGCAGUAGCCUCAUCGCGGGAUAUUGUUGGCCUGCGCAUGUGCAGAUACCCAGAGGAGUCAGGGCGGCGGCAGCAGCGACCCAGCAGUCCCAUGUCCACAGAUAGCAACAUGAGUCCUGCAAUAACACAUAAAAGGCCCAGGCGACAUAAACAGAACCAGUCUGCUCCACAGGGUUACCAACCCAAAGACGUCUUCAGUGAUGACACUUGUAUGCCUCUGGAUUUCACCAGCCAGAUGUCCCAUGGUGACUAUAAAGUGAGGGGGGCCACGCUCCCUCGGAUGGGCCCUGGGGAGGCCCGGGGUAGACGAGGCAGCACUGGGACUCACAGGGUCAAAGAGGCUACAGUUGAGGAAAGAGAGAGCCAGGAGAAGCACAUGAUUCCAUUAGCAGGAAAAGGAAGCAGCAAAAACCGACAGCACUCUGAAUUUGGGGACAUUCUUCUGUACAGUCGUCCCUCUUUCCCAUCAGGACAAACUCAGACAGUGCCAAAUGAUUCUAAUUCAUCCAAAUUUGCAUCGUCUGGAGACUCAAGGACUAAACAGGGUGGACAGGUGGCACCUUUGGGACAGGUGGAAGAGUUCCUGAAAAGCUAAGAAGCAAUGUGAGCUCAACAGGAAUAUCCUAUUGUUGCUUCAGACAAAGGACUACAACCUUAAAAAAGUGGAAAAGACUCCAAAAAUACUGCACAAUAUAAGUUUUUCUUAAAAGUCAGAUUUCUCAUUAAGUGUUGGAAAAAAAGGAAAAAAGUGCUCUCUUUUUUUAAGUCACUAGACUUUUAUUUGAUGCACUGUUUAUUGUUUGCUUUCUUUUGCUGACCAGACUCCAGGACACUGACCUGUUGGAGGCUGGCUCUAGUAAUAUAAAUGCACAUUUGAUGGCAGUUGUGAGUGUCUACAAAAGUAUUGUCCACAAUGACUGCUUGAUGCGGUCUAGUAUGAUCUUUGUUUGUCAGUUGUCUUGUUACUUUGCUAUAAUUGAUAUUCAGUCAUUACCUGCCAUCUUGUAAAUUGUUUACUGCCACAGAAGUGCUUCAAAUUCAAAUUUUAUAUAACAGUGUUAAUGUUUUCUAAGUGAUGUAUAUGUUGUCUUUGUAUUAUUUGUCCUACUUUGGUUAAAAAAGCACAAUCACAUAAUUUUAUUCUAAGUCAUUGCUAUAUGAAUUUUCAGUCUGGAGAAAACCCAUUUUUUGAGUCUUGCUGAUCAUUUCAUCAUGCUGAGAAAAAGAUUGUUGAUUGUGAUUGUGCAUUCAGUUGCGUACAUUUCAGCUGCUUUCAUUCAGAUUUGAACUAUCUGUUGUGUGUACUGAGAGAAUUGCAUGCAGAUUCACCUGUAGGAGGUUUUACUUAACACCAUGACUGCUUUGUCCUCCCACUGGGAUGAUGAAAGUUUGUUCACGGACUGGUUCCAUUUAUUGUUUCUCUUCACUGAAUUAAUUCUAUCUACUCCUCUGUUCCCCUGACCCCGGCCAACUUAUGGUGUAGAGCUGGACAACAUGCCAAUUUACCAAAAUACAAUAUGUGACUCUCUUACUGUUGUUAAUUCACAUAUUGUAAUUUGAAAUACCUGGGCUGCCUGAAACCCCAACCCUGGGCUGUUACAACAGUCAGUGACAUCCAACUAAAGGUUUAGCCAACCAAACUGUUAUUAGUCCAGAACUAGACUGAAGAAGUCGCUUGGAUGAGUGACCAAACAUUUCUCCCACUGAAAAAAGUUUCGUCCAGAUGAACAGAACUGAACUUUUUAGGAACUAGCAGCCAGUUACCUAAAAUGUUAAACCGGUCAUAUGUAGCCAAACAAAUGUUGAAAGUCCAUUUAAGUAAGGUCAGGUAAAAAUUUACAUUUAUAUGAAAAAAAAAUCAUAUUUAAAAAAACAAACAAAAACAAUCAUUUUACUGUUUAUAUGUUCUAGAGUUUAGUCAUAUUGUCCAGCUCUAUUCUGUAAGUUAAAUAUGGAACAAAUAUGUCACUUUAACUACUCUUUUCAAAUAAAUAUUGCUGUUCAUUAAGCGACAAGAAAUAAGGUAGUAGUUCAUUUACUAACACAGUAAUGACAAUAUUCAUUCCACUUUUCAGUUUUAAAAGAAGACAAUCGUUAUCACCUCACAAAGAAUAUAUAUGGCUAAAUCUGGCCACUGUACACACCAUGACACGUGUAAUUACCCACAUUUUUUGUAUCUUUUUUGAAAAGUUAACAAACUUUGUCUUUGAAAGAAAAGGGUGAGUAUGUUUCUUAAUGUGAGAUGACAACCCCAAUGCUGGAGACAAGGCUAGGAUGCAACAUGCAUACAGACAGUAGCCUUUAUUAAUGAAAUCAAAAGUCCAACCAUUAGACAAUCUACAAGGUGGAAAAGAAUGAUGACAUUACCCAGUGGAAACAACCAGGGAACGGGACCUUAUAAAAGGAAACACAGGACUAUACAGACACUGAGAGGGAGCUAAUUACACAAUGAGACAAUGGAAUGAGCUGACCGUUGGUAAAAAGAAUUUGUGACAGGCAAGGACAAUGGAGGGAAAUGAACAAAGCAAAGCUCAAACUACACACAACAGAACACUAUGUCAACAUAAAACGGGAAAUUAGGGAAAAUAUAGAAAAUAUAUAGAACAUAUAGAACAAACAAAAAUACAAGAGAAGACAAGAGGACAGGAUGGAAAUAAAACAAUGAUGUGAACUUGUCCUUUUUUCAGCUUUUGUGUGAAAAUACAGAAAACACAAAAUCCUGAAUCCUGUUUCCCCAGUGCUCAAGAAGCUCAGGUUAUAUGGCAUACAGUUAUAUGACAUUGCCCCAAUCCCGAUUUAGUUUUUUGUAUAUAUUUUACACUUAUACAUUUCAGAUCAUCAAACAAAUGUUAAAAUUAUACAGAGAUAACACAAGUAAAUAAAAAAUGCAGUUUUUAAAAUGGCUUCAUGUCUUAAUGAAAAAAGAAGGUACCCCAACUUACCUGGCCAUGAGAGAAAAAGUAGUUGCUUAAACCUACUAAUUGAAAGUCACAUUGCAGGGGAGGAAUUUUAGUCCACUCUUCUUUGCAAAAUUUGAAGAAAGGGAAGUCAGCCACAUCGGAGGUUUUUCAAGUAUGAAAGUUUAUGCUCAUGUUUAUGCUCACGAAGUAUUGCAAUUACAUAUGAGUCCAACCUUUGAAUAACCUUUGAAUAUAGAAAUCUUCAUUUGUUUGUUUGGUCAUUUUGUUCAUGUUUUUAACCAUUCAGAAGUGGACUUGUUGAUGUGUUUUGAGUCAUUCUCCUGUUCUAAAGCCCAAAUAGAGUUUCAGAACACAAACUGAUUGUUGGACAUUCUUCUUCAGGAUUUUCUAGUAGACAGCAAAAUUCAUGGUUCAAUCAAUUAUGGCAAGUUGUCCAGGCCCUGAAGCAGAAAAGCAGCCAUGGGGCAUCACAACACCAGCAGCAUGUUUGACUGUUCAUUUUAUGAAAUGCUGUGUUAGUUUAAAAAAAAGUUUACUGGAAGAGAGAUCUUCCCAAAAGUUCAACCUCUGUCUCAUCAGUCCACAGAU